AUGGGUGCGUCAUCUAAAGCGGAUCGAUUGAAGGAAGUGAAAGUUAAGCCACCGGAUAAAAGUGCUGCUGUCCGGUACGUUAGGACUGAAGUGGAUGUGAAAGAUCUAGUUCCCCCUGGGGUCAUUGAUCAGUCCUCAGCUACGAUUUAUAAAGCUCGUCGUAAGCCAAGUGCUUCUGGAGCUGUUGCUUCGGGGAUUGGAAAAGCUGAAUGGAAAAUGGAGGGGAAAGCUUUCAGAGUGAAGAACAGAGCUCGGAAAAUUGUGGAUGGGAUAUCACCGAUGGAUGCAAAGGAAUACUACACUGAAGAAGCUAAUGAGGAGGAAACGGAAGAUGACUCGGAGUCUGUAUCGGCCUGGGAGUCGGAUUCUAAUAUUUCAAUUCCUGGAAAUGAUAGCAAUAUGAAGGGGUUGAAGGAUGGGGGUUCUGGUGAGCUGAAGACUAUUGGAGUUCAAGUUGUCUCUAUUCCUUCAGGUAAUACUGCUAAUUUGUUGAAAAAUUGGGAUGGUUCUAAGGUGAAUGAUGAAUUAUUGAGCCCUAGUUCGGAAUUGAAGAGUGUUACUAGUGAAAUGAUUAGGGUGAAUCCUAACAUUGCUGUGAUUGAUGUCAAUAAACCUGUAUGCCCUGAUUUGGUUGAUGAUGAAGUUGAGAAGUCUAGAUCUAAUGGUGAUAAGAAGGUUAUCAGUAAUGAAGAAUUUAUUCCGGGAGUUGGCUUUCAAUUUCUUAAUGAGUUGAAGGUGGAAACACCUAAGAGGAAGGAUUUAGAUAGUAAGUUGAAUCAGGAAAUGGAUGUCGAUAUGUCAAAUUUGAAUAAGCAAGUUAAUGAGGAAGGAGAUGAUUCUGAAGAUGAUGGUUCUUCUGAAGAGGAUGGGGAAGAUGAAUCUAGUGAGGAUGAGUCUAGUGAAGAUGAGGAAAUUGUGAUGGAAGAGGAGGUUAAUACUAAGAUGAGUAAAGAGCCUAGUUUAAAGAUGAAGUCUGGUACUGUUAUUAAUAGUAUUAAUAUGCUUCCUUCUAUUUUGGGUGAUGCUAAUAGUUGUAAAAAGGUGGAUGGUGAUAGUCAGGGGAACUUGUUGAACUCUUAUGCAGGUGUGUUAAAAGGUAAUAGACAUAAGGGUAAGAUUGAUGUCAAGUUUAUUCCAGGGGAAAAAGGCAAAGAAGAAGGACCUGUUAUUAUCCCGAUUGAGAAUUUAAAGAAAGCGAGUAUUCCAUAUACUAAUACUUUAUAUGGGUAUAUGAUUGAUAAGAAGUUAGCGUUUCCUGUGAUUCAGCAAGAGGUUAGAAGGCUAUGGAAGAAUGUGGGUCUUGAAGAGAUAUUCAUGAACAGUAAAGGGUUUUUCUUUUUUAAAUUUAGUGAUGAGCAGGGGAUGUUAUCUAUAUUGGAGGGAAGCCCAUGGUUGAUGUUCAAUAAUAUGCCAUUAUUUCUUCAAAGGUGGAGACCAGGUCUGAAAUUAACCAAGAAUAGUCAUGAUAAAAUUCCGGUGUGGAUCAAAAUCUUUGAUUUACCUUUGGAAGUAUGGAGUGGAGAGAAUUUGUGUAUUAUAGCGAGUAAGUUGGGGGUGCCUCUGGCUUUUGAUUCUUUUACUGAGGAGAUGUGUUUGGAACACAAGGGUAGAAACGCUUAUGCUCGAAUUCUUGUUGAAAUGGCGGCUGAUAAGGAAUGGAUGAGGAAAAUUGAGGUUUCUACUUGGGAUUUUGUUACUAAUUCUGCUGUGGUUCAGAGUUUUGAUGUGGAGUAUGCUUGGAUGCCUUCUAGAUGUAAUCACUGUAAGGUUUAUGGGCAUACGGAUAAAGUUUGUUUGGCAGCUUUGAAUGAAGAGAAAGUGGUAAAGAAUGGGGAUAAUGGGAACAAUAAGAGAAAUAAAGGGAAGGAAAUGGUUAAUGAUGAUGGAUUUACGGAGGUUGUUUAUAAGAAGGUUGCAGGAAAUAAUGAUGGUGAAGGUACUAGUAAAUCUAAGGAGGGUCAUGCUCAAUUGUAUAAUCAAAGAUAUAGUGGGAAGAAUGGAAAUUUUAACAGGGGAAAUAAUUUCAGAGGCAAUUAUGGGAAUAGAGGUGGUAAUGGAAGGGGACAGAAUGGGAAUUGGAAUAAUAAAGGGGUGGGUCAUUGGAAUUUGGAAAAGAAUAGAAGAUAUGAGAAGUUUGUUAAUGGUCAGGCUUUGGUUGGUAAUCAGGGGAAAAUGGAGAAUAAGAUGCAGGGGAAUGCUAUAAAGGAUGAUAACAUAAAAGUGGGUGUUAACAAGAGUCUAGAAAAUAAGACUGUUUCUAGUGAUGGUUGCAGUAUUAAAAAUAGUUUUGAAAUCCUGGGAAGGAUUGAUGAGGAAGUUAUGGAUAGAAUGGAAGAGGAUGCUAAGGGAGGCAAAGUUGAUGGUUAUCAGGAAGGUGAUUGUGUUGAUUAUUCUUCUGAUGUUGUUGGAAUAAUGAAUAAUAAGUUGGAUCCUUCUAAGUUUGUUGGGAAGGGUAAUGUAGGGAAUGAAAGUAAUAAAAUGAAGAAUAGUAUGAUGGUUCAGGGGAAUAGUAAAAGCAAAGAUGGGAUUUCUCAGGCAUUUGAGGAGAAGGAGGUUAUUGAUGUUAUUAGGAGUAAUAACCUUGGUAUAUGUGCUGUGGUGGAGUCUCAUGUCAAGGUCUUAAAUCUUAAGAAUGUUUGUGUUAAGACCUUUGGUCAAUGGGAUUGGGUUUCUAAUAAUAGUAGCUGUGAGGCUGGAACUAGAAUAAUUGUUGGAUGGAAUCCAAGACUUUUUGAUGUGAUGGUGAUUUCUCAGUCUAGACAAGUUAUUCACUGUUAUGUUAGAUUCUGUGAUUCCAAUUAUAGCAUGUAUUUGUCUUUUAUAUAUGCUGCUUCGAAUUAUCUUGAGAGAAGGUUAUUAUGGGAUAAUUUGAAGAAACAUAGUUUGGUUGUUAAGAAGGAAGCAUGGGGAAUAUUAGGUGAUUUUAAUGUUGCUUUAAAACCAUCGGAAUAUUCUGAAGGUUGUUCCAAAACGCCUAAAGGAGUUGAUGAUUUUAUUGACUGUAUAAACUUUAUUGAAGUUGAGGAUCUGAAUUCCUCUGGGUUUCAGUUUACUUGGAAUAAAACUCCUGCUGGGAAUAAGGGCCUUUUGAAGAAGUUAGAUAGGGUGAUGGCCAAUUUGAAAUUUGUUUCGGAUCAUCCUUUAGCUCAUGCUGUUUUUAAACCUUAUAGGGUGUCGGAUCAUUGUCCUGCUAUUUUAAAUGUUCCUGUUGGCAAAUUGAGAUGGAAACCUUCUUUUAGGUUUGCUAAUUUUAUCACUGAAAAGGUGGAGUUCUUACCCCUGGUUAAGGAAGUUUGGGAUGCUAAUAUUGAAGGUUUUUUUAUGUUCAAAGUGUGCCAAAAGUUGAAGAUUCUUAAAAAGCAUUGUAGGGAGCUUUGCAAUAAGCACAGGGGUUCUGGGAAGAGAAUCCAAAUGUUAAGAAAGGAGUUGGAAAGUAAACAAUCUGAAAUUGAUCUUAAUCCUUUUGAUUGUAAGAUUAGGGAGGAGCAUACUAAUAUUCUUUUUGAUUUUAAUGUUGCUUGUAAUGAUGAAGAAAAGCUUCUUUUCCAGAGAUCUAAGAUAAAUUGGUUACAGGAAGGGGACAAUAAUACAAAGUUUUUUCAUAGAGUUGUGAAGAGCAGGGGCAAUAGAAAUCGUAUUCUGAUGGUUAUUGAUGAAGAUGGAAGAUGGGUUAGUGGGAAGGCUAUGAAGGAUAAAUUUGUUACUCAUUUCAAUAAGUUUUUGGGUUGUAAAGAUGUUACUGAGUUUUCGUGUUUAAAUGAUGGUUUCUUUCAUAAUAAAUUGGAUAGUAGGGUGGCUGCUAAUAUGAUUAGAGUGGUGACUGAUGAAGAAAUCAAAGUGGCGAUGUUUGAUAUUGAUGAAAAUCGUGCCCCUGGACCUGAUGGGUACUCCUCCAAAUUUUUUAAAAGUUCUUGGAACAUUGUUGGGCCGGAGGUGUGUAAAGCUGUGAGGGAAUUUUUUUGGACUGGUAAAUUGUUGAAGGGGAUUAAUGCUACGAGAAUAGUGCUGGUUCCUAAAGUGGAGUUCCCGAGGAAAGUUUCUGAUUUCCGUCCUAUAGCCUGCUGUAACACUUUAUAUAAGUGUAUUAGUAAGAUUAUAGUGAACAGAAUUAGAAAUAGUUUGGGUGAUAUUGUGAGCAAAAAUCAAUCAGCUUUCAUUCCUGGAAGAUCUAUUGUGGAUAAUAUUCUCCUUGCUCAGGAGCUGAUGGUGGGGUAUAAAAAUAAGAGGGGAGUUCCCAAAUGCACCAUAAAGAUUGAUAUUCAAAAGGCAUAUGAUACGGUGGAUUGGAAUUUUCUUAGUAGAAUUCUGCAGGGGUUUGGUUUUCAUACGAUAAUGAUUCAGUGGAUUAUGGCUUGUGUUUCUACUCCUUGGUUCAUGCUUAACUUUAAUGGUGAAGAUCAUGGGUAUUUUGAAGGAAAGAGGGGUCUUAGGCAGGUAUUUUCUUAUGGAAAUGGGAAUUCUGCUAGAGUUAUAAGGGAUGCUCUUGAUGAGUUCAAAAAAGUUUCAGGGUUGAAGGUGAGCAUGGAAAAAAGCCAGAUUUUCUUCAGUUGUGUUAAACCCAAUAUGAGAAGGAUUAUCUUGGGCAUUCUUCCUUUUGAUAUUGGGAGAUUUCCUUUUAAGUAUUUGGGAAUUCCUAUGUGUGUUACAAAAUUAUUUGAUAGAGAUUGUAAACAGCUUAUUGAGAAGAUUAAGAUGAGAAUUUUCAAUUGGAAAAGCAAGGCUUUAUCGUUUGCUGGAAGGCUGCAGCUCAUUAAUUCUGUUUUGACAUCUAUUCAUGUGUAUUGGGCUUCGAUUUUUAAAAUUCCCAUUGCUACUAUUAAAGAGAUUGAAAAGCUUUGUAGAAGUUUCUUGUGGGCGAAUGGUGAGGUAGUCAAAGGGAAAGCUAAAGUCAAGUGGAAUGAUAUUUGUAAGCCGAAAAUUUAUGGUGGUUUAGGAGUGAAGAAUUUAAGGAAAUGGAAUGAUGCUUUGUUAGCUAAACAUGUGUGGAAUGUGAUUAAUAGCAAAAAUUCUCUGUGGGUUCAGUGGGUGAAAUCCAAUUACAUUGGAAACAGGAAUUUUUGGGAUAUUUUGCAGAAGAAGAGUAUGAGCUGGACUUGGAAGAGGUUCCUUGAGGUGAGAAAAAUUGUUAGGCCCCAUGUUGUUUCGUGUGUGGGAAACGGGAUGAAUACUUCUCUCUGGCAUGAUUGGUGGCACCCAAUUGGUAUUUUAUGUUCUAUUAUAUCUAGAAGAGAUUGGGUUAGCAAUGGGUUUAGUGAUUCUUCCUUGGUCAGUGAUGUUCUAGUCUAUGAUUGCUAUACUUGGCCGGUUGAGUGGGUUAAUAUAUUCCCUGGAUUGAAGGAUGCUCCCAUGUUUUGUAUUGAGCCUAAUCUGAGGGAUGUUGCAGGUUGGAGAGAUAAGAAAGGAAUAUGUAAACAAUUUUCAUGCAAACAGGUGUGGUGUGAUAUAAAUAAUUUUGGAGACCAAGUUCCUUGGCAUGAUAUUGUUUGGUAUGGUAAUUGCAUUCCUCGAAAUUCGUUUAUUUUGUGGAUGGCUAUUUUGAAUAGAUUGAAGACCCAGGAUCGUGUCAGAGGUUGGGAAGUUUCUGGUAACUUACUUUGUCCUUUUUGUGCUGUUACUCCUGAUUCACAUGUUCAUCUCUUCUUUAAAUGUGAUUAUUCUCAACUUAUUUGGAGUUUGUUGGUUGGUGGCUAUUGGUUUUGGGGUUGGCAUAGAAGGAUGUUUAACUUUGGUGAUCUUAAUGCUGUGGAUUGGUGGGGGCAUUUUUGGAAUAAGUUUCUUUACAAAGGAAUUGACGGAUUGUGUUACUGGUUUGAGAGUUUGCUCUCAAAUCAUGUGACUUGUACCUAUGGGAUUUUCUGUUUGGAUAUGAUCUUUAUUGAGAUUAUCCAAAUGGAGAAUCCUAGACAUGUGAUUGAUGCCAUGUCUAGUAUGAAACUUGUUCUGAUUUCUUGGAGUUUUGGUGUUAGUUUGUUGUGGUUUGGCUUGUGCUUGAUAUGCAGGAAUUUUUUGCAAAGGUCGGGUUUGGAUCAUGUUUGCAAGCAGAUGGAGUCUUUUCUGUUGAAGACUAAGUGGAGGAUUGAUGAGAGGAGAAGUGACAGAAGAUGCGGGAUUGAUAAAUUGAUGGGGGAGUAUUGUGGUUUUGUUGGGUUUUUUCUUAAAGCUUGGCCUUCGGACUGUGGGUUUUUUUAA